CAGUAGCUUCAUUCGCAGCCGAACCAUUGACAAGAUCAACAACAUGCAGACGCAGUGUAUCCUCCUUCUUUUGGCCGUCAGUCUGGCCAUAUGUGUGGCCCGUCCGGAACCACCGAAAUCCCGAUAUGGACCACCACCACCACCAGCUCCACAAAAGGAAUACGGUCCUCCGGCUCAAGCGGCCCAGCCUUUACCCGUUUAUGGACCACCAGCAGCCUUUUACGGACCGCCAGCUGCCUCGGAGGCUCUCGUUACCAAGAACGUGUAUGUCCAUGUGCCCCCAGAGGAACCGGAAUUCUAUCCGGCAUCAUCGCCCAUCCAGACAGCCGUUCCCAAGAAGCACUAUAAGAUCAUCUUUAUCAAGGCACCGAACCCACCGACACCCGUGCGCCAGGUGCUCCCACCACCGGUUCAGGAUGAGCACAAGACCUUGGUCUAUGUACUGGUGAAGAAGCCCGAAGAGCAACAGCCCCUCAUCCUGCCCGCUCCCGAGCCCACGGAGCCUAGCAAGCCGGAGGUGUACUUCAUCAAAUACAAGCAGCAACAGGCCAAGCCUGCUACCCAGUACGGUCCACCGCCCUCUGCCCCCUCGGAGGAAUACGGAGCACCACCUGCCCCACGCACCGUCGAGCAGUUCUAGUUUGUAGUAUCGCCUAGGUCCACAGCCCAUGAAUGUAAAUAUUAUUUAUGAUCGCUGCCAUUAAAGAGAGUUUAUAGAAUG